AUGGUCUCCUUCAAGCUUCUCGUGGCCUUCAUGGCCACCUCGACCAGCGCAGUUCAAGCUGUUGCUAAGGAAGACCCUGACUGCUUCACCAAGUGCGCGAUAAAGAUCACCUCGAUUGAUGGCUACGAAAAGGAUUGUGCAAACUUCGCUCAUAUGCAUGGAAACACGCAAGGCUGCCCGAAUAAGCGCCCCGACGAGGACGAUAGGAAUGUCCGGUGGAAGCCCAGGAAGUCCAAGAAGCCCAAGAACGACGCAACGAACCAGGCCGAAGAUUACAAGGAGAAGAAGCCGAAGCUGAACAACGAGGACAGGGCCGAAGCCUUCAAGUUGAAGAAGCCCAAGUUCAAUGACCAAGGCAAGGCUGCCUACUGGGAGGGCAGGAGGCCCACGAAGACCUUCCCCGAAGACAGAGUCGACAAAUACAUGGAAGACAGGAUCCGGUACUUCAACAAGAAGAAGCCUGAAUGUCCCAAGGGUAAGGGUUGUGAUUGUGACAAAGACUGUCCCAACGAGGAAAGUGCCGGUGACAAGAAAAAGGAAACAAAGGAGGACAAUAGCCGUAACAACCAAGAACUCGACCAGGUUGCCGCUGCAGAUACUCCAACUUCAACACCCACAAUCAUAACAGGAGAGUUCCGAGUGGUUGCGCAGACUGUCACCGAGCAACAGACGGCGACAACAACAACCACUGCCUUUGCUACAAUCACUACAACCAACUCUACCACAGUCACCACAACCAAUUCUACUACAGUUACAACAACAGACUUUACCACACUUACCACAACGACAACCACUACUCCUACAGGCACAGCGUCUACACUCCCUUUCGUCCUGGGUGACCCCGCAACAUGCAAUGCUCCAGGAUCAUGUAGGCUUCCGUCAUCCCCAUGCGGUCCUCCUGACUCGCCCUGCUCUUGUUGGGCCAUUUCAGAGGGUCAUAGUCUCUGUAUGCUUGAGACCAAUUGUACGGGUCUCCAGCAGUGCUCAUCCUCGAGAAAAUGCCCGGCGGGACAGAUGUGUUUCACCAAUACUUGCUGUAGUCGUGGUGGUGUUUGCAUUGCUCCUGCUACCAAUGAGCAGUGUGGUAUCACUGCCCCCCAGUAA